AUGACGCAACCGACACGAGUUACACGCGCUCUCGCGUUUUUCUUCUUCGCUGCGGUUUGUUUCCCGCCAGCGUUAUGUUCCGACGAAGUCCAGUCGUUCCGUGAAGCACCAGCAUUCCGAAACGGUAGAGAAUGUCCGCCGCGUGGAACGUCAUCCGUCAUCCACAUUGCCAUGACUCUUGACGCCACCUACCUCCGUGGCUCCAUUGCUGGUGUUUUCUCUGUCUUGCAACACGCUUCGUGUCCGGAGAAUGUAGUUUUCCACUUCGUUACAACCACGCACCGCCGCCGGCAAGAGCUCCGUCGCAUAAUCAUUUCAACUUUCCCGUAUCUGAACUUCCACAUUUACCACUUCGAUUCAAAUCUCGUGAGAGGAAAGAUCUCGUACUCAAUUCGCCGUGCGCUCGAUCAGCCGCUUAAUUACGCCAGGAUGUACCUCGCCGAUCUAGUUCCGGCGACGGCUCAGAGAAUCAUUUACUUCGAUUCCGACCUAAUUGUGGUUGAUGACGUGGCGAAACUGUGGAACAUCGAUUUAGGAGAUCACGUGCUAGGCGCGCCGGAGUACUGUCACGCUAAUUUCACUAACUAUUUCACGCAUCGGUUCUGGUCGAAUCCGGCUUAUGCGUCGUCGUUUAAGGGACGUGGUGCGUGUUACUUUAACACAGGUGUGAUGGUGAUUGAUCUUUGGAAAUGGCGUGAGGGAAGAUACACGGAGAAGCUUGAGAACUGGAUGCGGAUCCAGAAACGGAGCCGGAUCUACGAGCUUGGAUCUCUGCCGCCGUUUCUUCUUGUGUUCGCCGGAAAUGUAGAGAGAGUGGAGCAUAGAUGGAACCAGCAUGGCCUCGGCGGUGAUAACGUUGAAGGACUCUGCCGCGAUCUGCAUCCUGGUCCGGUGAGUCUUCUGCAUUGGAGUGGGAAGGGGAAACCCUGGCUUAGAAUCGAUUCUAAGAAGCCUUGUCCGUUGGAUAGUCUGUGGGCUCCUUAUGAUCUCUUUCGUCAUUCUUCUUCGCCGUUCUGUGAUUCCUAA